ACUUCCGGAACGUGAACUUCUUGGUGAAGGUCGAGUCGGAGUUGAGCAUUAGAUUAGAAGUUUUUGCCAUGGCAAAAUAUAAGCUUCUGAUCGGAGGCGGUCUGGGAACAGCGCUUGUGGGUGGCAUCACAUUGUAUGGACAGACACUCACAGAGAAACAGGAGAAAAGAACGACUGUAUUAAAACCAGACCAAUUAGCCUUCUAUGAAGUGGGAGCAAGUGACAAGGAGUAUUACAUAGAAGAGACGAUAACUCCAGUGACAAAGUUUCUGAAAUCUACCAGACUGUCCAUUAGAUCAGCUUUAGAACCUUUCAAGGAUAAGGAUGGUGUUAGUAUAAUAGAGAAAAUCAGUGACAAGUGGGGGAUAGCAAGGGCACACACAGAAGACCUCAUAGAACAGAUAAGGUCGGAUCCUGAAGUCAAGGCAAAUGCUGGUAUGAUUGCGGUAGCGGGAGUGGUAGGAGCCUCUCUAGGAUACAGAGGUGGUGUGCUGAGGAAGGCAGCCUUUGGUACUACAGCUAUGGUCGUGACAGCCUCCUUGCUGUACCCAGAACAGGCCGUCUCUGUGGGGAUCGCAGCGGUAGACAGGAUCACAGGAAAAGGUAAUGAAGUUAAGAAAUCUGAGGAAGAAAUGGACAUUUCAGAACAGGUCAGCACCGAGUUGACUCUGGAAGAGACAACAGGCUCUGCGACAGAAACUGAAACACCAUUUAGCAGUAGUGACCAACUGGACAGCCAAAGUGACCAGCCAGCCAGUAAAAGUGACCAAAAAGAACAGGAUUCUUAGAAAUUUUUCAUAAAAAUGUAGAACAGAUUCCCAAGAAGAAAAAAAAUACUGUUACAGCAUGGACUACUUGGCAAAGAUGGCAUGGACUACUUUUAAGUUUUCCCUUAAAAGUUCUGAUCAAUAUAUUCAGAACAAAAAUAAUUAAAUAUUUCAAACAGGA